AUGAGCCUGUUAAUUCUAUCAAUUUUGUUCAUCGCCACAGCUUCGCAAGAAAUCGCCGUUCAAAAUUUCCGCGUCGGAAUUCUCGCCAAAGAUCAAGAGGCCACCAACGAACAUCUCAAGACAAUCCCAGCAUUCUCCAAAUCAUCCGAAUUGUUCAGCGCAUCUGAUGCCGGACAACGUUUAUACAUCUCGUUUAAUUUAUUGAACAAAGCUGACAAUUCCAAAUUCAGCGGAGCUCAGCAAGUAUUUUUACAUUUUGCACAAGAAUCUGGAGAGGACGCGGUUUUGGUUGCAAAUCCGCAAGCUAGUGGCGAAUAUUUAUACGAUGCCACUCUUCGAGUCGCUUCGAAACAAUUCAAUAACUUGGCUGGAAAGUUCAAGGGAAGCCUGAUCAUCGGAGGAAACACCAUUAAAACACCAAUCAACUGGUAUUUCGUGAGUAAAUCUAGAUUUUUUAAUUAAUUUUUUCAAAAAAAAUGUUUGUUUCAGGCUGAUUUCCAACUUGCUCUUCCAACUAUCCCAAUCAUCACACCAAAAUCCCAACAAAUCAACUAUUCUCAACUUCCCGAAAUCCAACACGAGUUCCGUCAACCAGAAAAACGUCCAUCUGCAGUGAUUUCCGAUUUCUUCACCUUGGUAGUUCUCACACCACUUCUCUUCCUUGUUGGAGCAUGGCUCAAGAUCGGAAUCAAUUUUGGCAAUGCGCCAGCCUCGAUUUGGGUGCCAAUUUUCCAUGCGGGACUCGCCGGAAUCGUCGGACUAUUUUUCGUGUUUUGGCUUCAAUUGGACAUGUUUGAGACGUUGAAAUAUUUGGCGAUUUUGGGAUUUGUUACUUUUGUCGCCGGAAAUCGUGUGUUACGUCAACUUGCGGCUGCUUCCAAAUCAAAGAGCGAAUAA